CUGAGCAUUCUUCAUUCUUUCGGAGAAAGACUCGUCCUUUAUUUACGAGCCGCGCCUUGUCAUGCAAAAAUUCUGCAAAACUGCCAACCAAAACCAGACCCAAUUUCUAGAAUCCAUCGGCCCAUUGUCUUCUCCUUCUUCAUCGCCUGCCUUGUCUCUCUUUCUCUCUCUCUAGAUUUGGGCAACCAGCGAAGCGAAUCCAGCAUUCCAUGGGGUCUAUGCUUGGCGACUUGCCUUCUUUUGACCCACAUAACUUCAGCCAACUUCGGCCAUCCGAUCCUUCGACUCCAUCCGUUCUUAAAAGAACUGCUUGGAAGAAGAAAACUGUGGCUGAUCGAGAAUGUACUAUUGUUUGUUCUGCUACUCUCACCUUGAAAAUGACUCCAGCAACCUAUCAUCCUACCCACGGACGGACUCUUCCACCACCAGAUCAAGUCAUAACCACUGAAACUAAGAACAUACUUCUGAGAAACUUCUACCAAAGAGCAGAAGAGAAGAUGAGACCGAAGCGAGCUGCCCCUGAGAGCCUUAUACCAGAACACAGCUGCAAGCAGCCAAGGCCUUCUACCUCCAACUAAAGUUUGUCUCAGUUUUUAAAGAUGUACAUACUAGAGAGUCUAAUCAUAGUGCCGAAAAUGUAUGGAAGUUUGUUUGCUGAGAGGACUCCCGCAGAAUGUCAGCUCUGGGCAGUUGGAACUGUUGUGCUGUAUACGCGUAGAUCUGUAUACAAAGUUACAAACAAACACUUUGCUGCUGAUGGCAUGCGUUAAUGUCUCUCUUCCUGUCUGUUCUUCGACUGAAAAUCAUAGGGUAGAUUGACUAAAAUCAUAGUUUAGUUUGCAUUUUGGUCUGUUGAUUCAGCAGCUGGAUUAAGAAACUGAGAGCAGAGAUAGAGACCCCAAUCUUUCUUUCUUCAGGAAGUUUUAUCUAUGAUCUCAUAUUCUUUGAUCAGACGGAUGCCUGGUUGAUUUGGUACUUAUGACAUUAAGGGACUGACAAAUGAAUAAAAUGGAGAGUUUUGAGUCUUCUGAUGCACACACCGCAGCAUAUUGAACAGGCGAGGGAAUAUCCUCUUUUUUAAGUCCAAUUUGAAAA